GGGGGACACCUGAGUCCGUGACAGACCCCCCAACCCCUCCCACGGGCUGGGAUAGACAGACUCACUCCCGAGGCCAGAGGGGCCCUAGAAUUGUGGGCCAACUCAUCCCACUGGGGGUGACACCCCAGACCCAGGAGAGAGAGAUCCCUGAUACCGGGGAAGGGAGGCAGCCGCUGCUUGGCAUGGAGGGCAACCUGUCUGGGCUAGUUCCUGCUGCGGGGCUGGUGCCCGCGCUGCCCCCGGCCGUGACUCUGGGGCUGACCGCUGCCUAUACCACACUGUAUGGCCUGCUCUUCCUCUCGGUCUAUGCCCAGCUCUGGCUGGUGUUGCUGUACGGACACAAGCGGUUCAGCUAUCAGACGGUGUUCCUGGCCCUGUGCCUGCUCUGGGCCGCCCUGCGCACCACCCUCUUCUCCUUCUACUUCCGAGACACGGCUCGAGCCAACCGCCUGGGCCCCCUCCCCUUCUGGCUGCUCUACUGCUGUCCCGUUUGCCUCCAGUUCUUCACCCUCACGCUCAUGAACCUCUACUUUGCCCAGGUGGUGUUCAAGGCAAAGACAAAGCAGCACCCAGAGAUGAGCCGGGGCCUGCUGGCCGUGCGGGGAGCGUUCGUUGGGGCCUCGCUGCUUUUCCUGCUGGUGAACGUGUUGUGUGCCGUGCUGUCCCGUCGGCGCCGGACACAGCCCUGGGCCCUGCUGCUGGUGCGAGUACUGGUGAGCGACUCGCUCUUCGUGAUCUGUGCCCUCUCUCUGGCUGCCUGCCUCUGCCUGGUGGCCCGGCGUGCCCCUUCCACCAGCAUCUACCUGGAGGCCAAGGGGACCAGUGUGUGCCAGGCUGCGGCCAUGGGCGGGGCCAUGGUCCUGCUCUAUGCCAGCCGAGCCUGCUACAACCUGGCAGCCCUGGCGCUGGCCCCCCACAGCCGGCUGGACUCCUUCGAUUAUGACUGGUACAACGUCUCUGACCAGGCUGACCUGGUGAAUGAUCUAGGGGACAAAGGUUACCUGGUCUUUGGCCUCAUCCUCUUUGUGUGGGAGCUGCUGCCUACCACCCUGCUCGUUGGCUUCUUUCGGGUACACCGACCCCCGCAGGACUUGAGCACCAGCCGAAUCAUCAACGGGCAGGCCUUCGGUUCUCGUUCCUACUUCUUUGACCGGGCUGGACAUUGUGAAGACGAGGGAGGACCGUGGGAGCAUAGCCGGGGAGAGAGCACCAGCCUGUCGGGGAGCCUGGGGGCUGGCAGCUGGUACGGUGCUAUUGGGCGGGAGCCCGGCUGGUGUGGGGGCAGCCAGAGCCGAAGCACACCGCUCCUCUUCUCCCAGGUGGCUGGGCCUGCUGGUCACCAUCACCACAGCCUCUACUCCACCCCGCAGACAUGAGCUCCCUGCUUCCUGGGGGUGGGCAGGGCCUUCUCCUCCUGCCUGCCUGCCUUCCUGCCUUCCGCAGCCCUGUGGCAGCCCUGACCUCUGCCCUGUCCCGUCUGCAGCUCCUUGUAGUGAGCUUCUGCCUUCUGCUGGGGGUGGCACUGUCCGCCACGUGGAGCCCGCUACCUCUCUUGUGCCUGCUGCUCAAUAAACAGUUGCCCGUGCCCCCAUUGGA